UGCUAACUUGGAACCCCAUGGCGGAGCCCCCGCAAGAACAUGGUCCUCGUUGUGCCUGUGGGUGCACUCCCUCAAUGCCCUCGCUCUUCGAGAUGGCCGCGAUGCGCGCGGAAAGGAGGCGCCAGAGACAGGCAGAGGCUAGUGGAGAGAUGAGCAAGGGCCAAGAUGCUGUCACGGGGGAGGAUGCACUGCGGAGAUUGCAAGUGCUGGAAGAUGAGCGCCAGGUGCUGGCAAAGCAAUUGGAGGAGCAGCGGCGGCUGCGAGCAGCAAUGCUUGCCUUGCAUGAACCAGAUGCCAUGCAGGCUGAGCGGCAAGUAUCGCUGCUUUGGCGUGGACGCCCUGUGCAGCUGAGCUGCCGACAGGAUGCCGCCCGUGCGCAGGGAGGUCUGCUGUGGAGCUCGGGAGUUCUACUGGCCAGAUAUCUCGCAAUGUUCGGUCUUGGCCAACCGAGACGUGAACGUCAACGAGUGCUCGAGCUGGGCUGCGGUGCUGCAGCGCUGCCGUCCUUGAUCUCUUCUGCAUUGGGGGCUGAUGUGCUGGCCACUGAUUUGCCGGAGGUUAUACCCUUGGCAGAGGAGAAUGUACGCCGCAACUCAGCCAUUGUUGGGGAGGAAGGUUUGCGACUAUCCAGCUUCGACUGGACAAAGGAAGCACCCUUUGACGUCGCAUUCGACAUGGUGCUUAUGGCGGACCUUCUCUACGAUCCCAGUUGUCAGGAGGAAUUGGUACAAUGCUUGGCUGGCUCCGUCUGUCAUGACGAGGGGCUGGUACUGCUGGCGUUCAAGGAGAGAGAUGCGCUGAUUGAGUCGCGGUUCUUCCAGCACCUGGUGCAACUUGGAGCCAGUCAGCCAGAGUUUCUGGACAUUUCGCCAGAGCUGGCGGAGGACUUGGAGGUGAAGCAACUUCGCCUUUGCAAGGUAUCCUUCCAAGCUGGCGAGGCUUGCCAAAAAGCAUCGGAGGUGGAUGGGCUGUACUUGUGAUGG